AUGGCGCGAAAAUACGACAUUUUUGAUCAAGAAGGCCAAGAGAAGAAGCAAAAGGCAAAAGAUUCUACUAGUAAUGAAAACCAAGCAGAUGAGAUGCAGGUUGAUGGAGAAGCGACCGAUACCGGAGAUACAAGCCAUCCUAGCGCAAUAGAUGAAGCAGAUAAACCGGCGAAUAAUGAGCAACCUGCUGUAUCGAGAUCUCAACGAACGACUCCGAUCAAAGUGGCGGACUUGUUUGUUGAAGGAUUCAUGAAGCUCCAAAAGGAAUACAAGGCCGAUCCACUCUUAACACGAUUCAAACUACACAUGCCUAUCAAUAUCAGCUGA